UACAGGUGAAACAAAUUCACAAGACAAUUUGAGAAACUAUGGAAGAGGGAAAAGGUAAUUUUUGAUUGAACUAAAGAGAAAAAGCAACAAAAAAAAAAGACUUUUUUCCCCUGAAAAGAUGGAAAGUAAAGUAAGAGGAGAGGAAGAAGAAGAUGGAGAGAGACAGAAAGUGGAGAGAUUGGUGGAAAAGUUGAAGAGACAUAUUAAUAAUAGAAAUAAUAAGGGACCUUCAACUCCGGCGCAUGUUAGCUUCUCCCCUAACCUUUCUUCUAAAUUCUCACCAUCAAUCGUUUCCUCAAGAAAGCUCGUAGCUGCUUUUUGGGAGUUUCAUCACUACUACGAACAUCACUCCUUCUCUUUUGCUGCUGCUAAAAUGCACCGCGGCGGAAACGGUUUCGCCGGAACUAAUAACCGCCGACAGCGCCACGGCAAGGCGGUGGUCAAGGAGAAUGGUCUCGACCUCUCUCAAUUCCUCCGAGAUCCCUCUCCUGAUCAUCAUCAGCCAGAGAGCGCGGGAAGUCUAAGGAGACAGAUCGGUCAAAUGCUAAUGAAGCAUCAUCAAUCAAUCGAAAGAAACAACCACGCUCUUCAGCCUGUAUCUCCUGCUAGUUACGGAAGCUCCCUCGAGGUUGCCACAUACAACAAAGCAGUAACUCCAAGUAGUUCACUGGAGUUCCGAGGGAGAACGUCUAGAGAACCUAACUACAAUCUCAAGACAUCAACGGAACUUCUCAAAGUAUUGAACCGUAUAUGGAGCCUGGAGGAGCAACACGCCGCUAAUAUCUCCUUGAUCAAAGCUCUGAAGACCGAGCUGGCUCAUUCCCGCGUUCGAAUCAAGGAGCUACUUAGGUACCAGCAAGCCGAUAGGCAGGAGCUGGACGGUGUUGUGAAGCAACUCGCUGAGGAAAAGCUGUCGAGGAAUCAUAAGGAAGUGGAGCGGAUAAGCUCUGCUGCGAGGAAAGAGUUUGAAGAUGAGCGGAGACUUCGAAAACGUUCCGAGAGUUUGCAGAGGAAACUGGCAAGAGAGCUCUCGGAAGUCAAGUCUUCGCUGUCUCACUGUGUCGAAGAGCUUGAGAGAGGGGCCAAAUCAAAGAAGACGAUGGAGUUGCUCUGCGAUGAGUUUGCGAGAGGGGUCAAGGGUUACGAAGAGGAAGUUCGCGGUUUAAAACAGAAGAACAAUCUCGGUCGUGCUGAAGGAGAUCAAAUGGUCCUUCAUAUCGCGGAAUCUUGGCUUGACGAAAGGAUGCAGAUGAGGUUAGAAGAAGGUGGAGGAGAUACAUUGAAUGGUAACAGAAGCAGCUCGGUGUUGGAUAGACUAGAGGUGGAGAUAGAGACGUUCCUUGAGGCGAAAAACCGCCGGAGUUCGCUUGAAUCAGUCCCGUUUAACGCCUUGAGUGCACCGCCACGGGAUGUAGAAUGCGAGGAAGACUCAGCGGGAAGCGAUUCGAAUUGCUUCGAGCUCAAGAAACCUGUAGACGACACUGUGAAACCAACAAACCAACCGAACAAAGACGGUUUCUUGUGUGACGAAAAGCCGAAAGGGACGUCGAGUUUUCAAGUGAAGUUUGAGGAUCAAAUGGCGUGGGCAAUGUCGAGUAACGGAAAGAAGAAAACACGAGCCAUCGAAGAAGAAGGAGAUGUAGAGCCUGCAAGUGUAAACAGCAGCACUAAGAAACCAGAGGAUGAAAUCGAUCAGUGUGCUAGUAAAAACAAGAAUGAUGUGAUGGGGGAGAUGAUUCGGACACACAGAAGGUUAUUGUCUGAGACUCGUGAGAUUGAUGAAGCUUCUUGCAGUCACCCAUCUUCUCGGAGACAAGCGAGUCCAAUUCGACAAUGGACUUCGAGAACCGUAACACCUGAUCUUCUUGGCUCCUCUGAGUCGUCUGUGAAUAGAGUUUCUGCUACUGGGAUUGCUCAAGGAGACAAAGAUAAUACUUUGAAAACUAAACUCGCAAAGAGUUCAAAGUCGCGGCUUCGGCUGUUCAAAGGCUAAUAAAACCAAAGUGAACUGGUCGGAAAAAAAAAAAGAAAAAGGGAAGUUCUUGUCGGAUACUACUACACACAGAAUCCUAAGUUUCUUUCAUAUUCAUUCUCUGUAAAUCGGACGCAUCUGUAGAUUUUUGUAUAUCGUUUUCAUCCUACAAAGUUUUGGAUUAUUGAAGACCUUUUAUGUAAGCAAAGCAAAGCUUAUUAGAGCAUUUGGUGAGAAACUCGUAUGAAUCUCUCACCAAUUUAAUAACAUUAAUUUUAAUAUCAG